GCAUUGUGCAGCUGCGUCCCAGUGUUGAAACUCUUCGAACUCCCAAAACGCAAAAGCUUCGUCUUCUUCUUCAUCCUUGUCUCACCUUCGAUUUUGGCGGCAAAACAUAAACCCUAAGGGUUUUCUCACUCUCUCUCUCUCUUCUCACACACACAGUCCCAGAGUACGGUGGUGUUGAUUCGAUUGAGGAGAUUCAUCUGUUUAUAGGGUUUAGCAAAUGCAAGGAGAUUCUUCUCCGUCUCCGACGACUACUAGCUCUCCUUUGAUAAGACCUAUAAACAGAAACGUAAUUCACAGAAUCUGUUCCGGUCAAGUCAUCUUAGACCUCUCUUCGGCCGUCAAGGAGCUUGUCGAGAAUAGUCUCGACGCCGGCGCCACCAGUAUAGAGAUUAACCUCCGAGACUACGGCGAAGACUAUUUUCAGGUCAUUGACAAUGGUUGUGGCAUUUCCCCAACCAAUUUCAAGGUUCUUGCACUUAAGCAUCAUACUUCUAAAUUAGAGGAUUUCACAGAUCUUUUGAAUUUGACUACUUAUGGUUUUAGAGGAGAAGCCUUGAGCUCUCUCUGUGCAUUGGGAAAUCUCACUGUGGAAACAAGAACAAAGAAUGAGCCAGUUGCUACGCUCUUGACGUUUGAUCAUUCUGGUUUGCUUACUGCUGAAAAGAAGACUGCUCGCCAAAUUGGUACCACUGUCACUGUUAGGAAGUUGUUCUCUAAUUUACCUGUACGAAGCAAAGAGUUUAAGCGGAAUAUACGCAAAGAAUAUGGGAAGCUUGUAUCUUUAUUGAACGCAUAUGCGCUUAUUGCGAAAGGAGUGCGGUUUGUCUGCUCUAACACGACUGGGAAAAACCCAAAGUCUGUUGUGCUGAACACACAAGGGAGGGGUUCACUUAAAGAUAAUAUCAUAACAGUUUUCGGCAUUAGUACCUUUACAAGUCUACAGCCUGUAAGUAUAUGUGUAUCAGAAGAUUGUAGAGUUGAAGGGUUUCUUUCCAAGCCUGGACAGGGUACUGGACGCAAUUUAGCAGAUCGACAGUAUUUCUUUAUAAAUGGUCGGCCUGUAGAUAUGCCAAAAGUCAGCAAGUUGGUGAAUGAGUUAUAUAAAGAUACAAGUUCUCGGAAAUAUCCAGUUACCAUUCUGGAUUUUAUUGUGCCUGGUGGAGCAUGUGAUUUGAAUGUCACGCCCGAUAAAAGAAAGGUGUUCUUUUCUGACGAGACUUCUGUUAUCGGUUCUUUGAGGGAAGGUCUGAACGAGAUAUAUUCCUCCAGUAAUGCGUCUUAUAUUGUUAAUAGGUUCGAGGAGAAUUCGGAGCAACCAGAUAAGGCUGGAGUUUCGUCGUUUCAGAAGAAAUCAAAUCUUUUGUCAGAAGGGAUAGUUCUGGAUGUCAGUUCUAAAACAAGACUAGGGGAAGCUAUUGAGAAAGAAAAUCCAUCCUUAAGGGAGGUUGAAAUUGAUAAUAGUUCGCCAAUGGAGAAGUUUAAGUUUGAGAUCAAGGCAUGUGGGACGAAGAAAGGGGAAGGUUCUUUAUCAGUCCAUGAUGUAACUCACCUUGACAAGACACCUAGCAAAGGUUUGCCUCAGUUAAAUGUGACUGAGAAAGUUACUGAUGCAAGUAAAGACUUGAGCAGCCGCUCUAGCUUUGCCCAGUCAACUUUGAAUACUUUUGUUACCAUGGGAAAAAGAAAACAUGAAAACAUAAGCACCAUCCUCUCUGAAACACCUGUCCUCAGAAACCAAACUUCUAGUUAUCGUGUGGAGAAAAGCAAAUUUGAAGUUCGUGCCUUAGCUUCAAGGUGUCUCGUGGAAGGCGAUCAACUUGAUGAUAUGGUCAUCUCAAAGGAAGAUAUGACACCAAGCGAAAGAGAUUCUGAACUAGGCAAUCGGAUUUCUCCUGGAACACAAGCUGAUAAUGUUGAAAGACAUGAGAGAGAACAUGAAAAGCCUAUAAGGUUUGAAGAACCAACAUCAGAUAACACACUCACCAAGGGGGAUGUGGAAAGGGUUUCAGAGGACAAUCCACGGUGCAGUCAGCCACUGCGAUCUGUGGCCACAGUGCUGGAUUCCCCAGCUCAGUCAACCGGUCCUAAAAUGUUUUCCACAUUAGAAUUUAGUUUCCAAAACCUCAGGACAAGGAGGUUAGAGAGGCUGUCGAGAUUGCAGUCCACAGGUUAUGUAUCUAAAUGUAUGAAUACGCCACAGCCUAAAAAGUGCUUUGCCGCUGCAACAUUAGAGUUAUCUCAACCGGAUGAUGAAGAGCGAAAAGCAAGGGCUUUAGCUGCAGCUACUUCUGAGCUGGAAAGGCUUUUUCGAAAAGAGGAUUUCAGGAGAAUGCAGGUACUCGGGCAAUUCAAUCUUGGGUUCAUCAUUGCAAAAUUGGAGCGAGAUCUGUUCAUUGUGGAUCAGCAUGCAGCUGAUGAGAAAUUCAACUUCGAACAUUUAGCAAGGUCAACUGUCCUGAACCAGCAACCCUUACUCCAGCCUUUGAACUUGGAACUCUCUCCAGAAGAAGAAGUAACUGUGUUAAUGCACAUGGAUAUUAUCAGGUGAAGGAUCACCAUUACUUCUUUUGUAACAUUUUCUUAUUCUUGCUAUCGGUUUGGAGAUUCAAUAAUGUAACAACUUUCCAGGGAAAAUGGCUUUCUUCUAGAGGAGAAUCCAAGUGCUCCUCCCGGAAAACACUUUAGACUACGAGCCAUUCCUUAUAGCAAGAAUAUCACCUUUGGAGUCGAAGAUCUUAAAGACCUGAUCUCAACUCUAGGAGAUAACCAUGGGGAAUGUUCGGUUGCUAGUAGCUACAAAACCAGCAAAACAGAUUCGAUUUGUCCAUCACGAGUCCGUGCAAUGCUAGCAUCCCGAGCAUGCAGAUCAUCUGUGAUGAUCGGAGAUCCACUCAGAAAAAACGAAAUGCAGAAGAUAGUAGAACACUUGGCAGAUCUCGAAUCUCCUUGGAAUUGCCCACACGGACGACCAACAAUGCGUCAUCUUGUGGACUUGACAACUUUACUCACAUUACCUGAUGACGACAAUGUCAAUGAUGAUGAUGAUGAUGAUGCAACCAUCUCAUUGGCAUGAACACUCAAAAGUCUUAACGUAUUUAGAUGUGAGAAUCCUUAAGAUUAACAUUGAGGAACACUCGGUUAUAACUACAAUCGUAAAUGUAAAUUGUCUUAGUCUAUAUGAUCUUUUUGGUCACAACAGGUAAUUUCAUUUUCCUUUGAUUACUUCUCGUGAAAAAACAAAUUAACAGUUGUGGUUUUCCAUUGAUUUCAAAAAUUAUCUCAAAUUUUG